GUCCGCUCAGUCUAAAUUUUCCAAUCCCUUCGGAACCCAAAACAAGGAACAUAAUGUCGGGCAGCAAAUACUGUUUCGCCAUCGACCGCGGAGGCACUUUCACGGACGUACUGUGCAUCUGUCCCGGCGGAAAAGUGCGCACCAUGAAGCUGCUCUCCGAGGAUCCGGAGAGGUAUAGCGACGCCCCCCGCGAGGGCAUCCGCCGGAUCCUGAAAGAGGAGACCGGUGAGGAUUUGGCAGCCAGUGGCCUGGUGGACACCUCGAAGAUCGGUUGGGUUCGCAUGGGCACCACGGUGGCCACUAAUGCCCUGCUGGAGCGCAAGGGAGACCCAGUGGUUCUGGUGGUGAACAGUGGAUUCCGCGACCUUCUCUACAUUGGAAACCAGGCGAGACCGAAGAUCUUCGACCUUAACAUUCGCAAGCCGGCGAACCUGUAUAAAUCCGUAGUCGAGGUGGACUGCCGCAUAGUUCCAGAGCAGGCGGAUCGCUGUGAGCUGGAUCACAGCUGGAAGGUUCUGGAGGGUGUGGCCGGCACCAAGUAUCUGGAGGUGCGUCCAGUAGAUGAGGUGGCAGUACGUCAGGCCCUCUCCGCCGCCCGUGAACAGGGAGUCUCCUCGGUUUCCGUGGUCCUGGCCCACAGCUACGCCUGUCCGGAACACGAACUCCGGGUGGGCGCCAUUGCCCGGGAGCUGGGCUUCAGCCAUGUGACGCUAUCCCACCAGGCAAUGCCCAUGUGCCGGGUCGUUGCCCGAGGCUAUACGGCCUGUGCCGAGGCCUACCUGACACCCCAUGUGGAUCGCUACUUGGCUAGUUUCAAAUCUGGCUUCGACAAGCAGUUGGAGGGCGUGGACGUGCUCUUCAUGCAAUCGGAUGGAGGUCUGACCAAUAUGGAGAACUUCCGAGGGGCGCGUGCCAUUCUUUCUGGACCUGCGGGAGGUGUUGUGGGAUACGCUCUAACGGGAGCCCGGGAAACGGUUCUACCCCUUAUUGGUUUCGACAUGGGCGGUACCUCGACCGAUGUGUCCCGCUAUGCCGGCACCUAUGAGCACGUCAUCGAAAGCACCACGGCGGGGGUUACCAUCCAGGCUCCUCAGCUGGACAUCAAUACCGUGGCUGCAGGCGGUGGGUCUCGGCUCUUCUUCCGAUCUGGCAUAUUUGUGGUGGGUCCCGAGUCAGCAGGAUCGCAUCCGGGACCAGCUUGCUACAAGAAGGGAGGUCCACUGACGGUCACGGAUGCCAAUCUUAUACUGGGACGCAUUCUGCCGCAAUACUUCCCAAAGAUCUUUGGUCCCAAGGAGAACGAACCGCUGGAUCAUGAGAUCGCCAGGAGUAAGUUUGUGGAGUUGCAGGCGGAGAUCAAUGAAUACCUUAAGGCCUCGGGUGAUAAUCGAGUUCUGAGUGUUGAGGACGUGGCCCUUGGAUUUAUUCGCGUGGCCAACGAAACCAUGUGCCGUCCUAUUCGUGCGUUGACCCAAUCCCGAGGAUUGGACACUGCCAACCAUGUGCUUUCUUGCUUUGGAGGAGCCGGUGGUCAGCACGCCUGCGCCAUUGCCCGUAAUCUGGGAAUCGCCAAGGUUGUGGUCCACAAGUAUGCUGGAAUACUAUCCGCCUAUGGAAUGGCUCUGGCCGACGUGGUCCAGGAGGUCCAGGAACCGAAUGGCCUGGAGUUCAGUGAUGCCAAUGCCCAGCAGCUGAAGGAGCGAUUAGAUGCCCUGUCCCAACAGUGCCACAACAAGCUAGCUGAUCAGGGAUUCAGGCGAAUCGAACUGGAGCCCUUCCUUCAUUUACGCUAUGAGGGCACUGAUGGCGCCUUAAUGGUGGCUCCGGCCACUGGAAAACAGUCAUCCGCUUCAAAUCCUUUGCUAGCGGCCUAUGGCGACUUCAAUGCCACCUUCCUGGAUCGCUAUCGCACAGAGUUUGGAUUCGUAUUGCAAAAUAGACGGAUUAUUGUGGACGACAUUCGUAUUCGUGGAUUGGGCAAGAAUGAGACACCACCGGAGUCUGAGAUUCAGGGUGCCUCCGAAGUGACGCCCCCAGCGGAGUCUAAUACCCGUUGUCGUCUCUACUUCGAUGAGGGCGGCUUUGAUGCUCCGAUCUACCUGACCAAGAACCUCCUGGCCGGACACAAGAUCACCGGACCCGCGGUGCUCAUUGAUCAGCUCUCGACCAUCGUGGUGGAACCAGAGUGUGGUGUCCAAGUAACCCCAUUCGGGGACCUCAUCAUGGACGUGAAGACGGGCGGCAAACAUGGCAUCAACGCGGACUUGGAUCCAGUGCAUCUGAGCAUCUUUAGCCACCGCUUCAUGAGCAUUGCCGAGCAGAUGGGCAGGGUGCUCCAACGCACUUCGAUAUCCACCAACAUCAAGGAGCGCCUGGACUUUUCGUGUGCCCUCUUCGGACCUGAUGGAGGCCUGGUCAGCAAUGCUCCCCACAUUCCCGUUCACCUGGGCGCCAUGCAGGAGACCGUGCAGUAUCAGUUGAGGGUGCGUGGGGAGACUCUGAAGAAUGGCGAUGUCAUCCUGGCCAACCAUCCCUCCGCUGGGGGAUCUCAUCUUCCCGAUUUGACCGUCAUCACACCAGUUUUUUAUGAAAACCAUCCGCGUCCCGUUUUCUUUGUGGCCUCCCGUGGUCACCAUGCGGAUAUCGGUGGAAUUACUCCGGGAUCCAUGCCCCCGCACUCCACCUCAUUGGCCCAGGAGGGCGCUGCCUUCAAAUCCUUCCUCAUUGUGGAGAACGGGCUUUUCCAGGAGCAGCAGAUCAUCGAGCAGCUGACCACGCCUACGGCCGCAAGGGGGGCGGUGGGCACUCGCAACCUGAGCGACAAUCUGUCGGAUCUGAAGGCCCAGAUUGCAGCCAACCACAAGGGCAUCCAGCUGGUGGCGGAGCUGAUCGAUAGCUAUGGUUUGGACGUGGUGCAGGCCUAUAUGUCGCACAUUCAGAAGAACGCAGAGUUGGCGGUUCGCGAUAUGUUGCGUCAGAUUGGUCGGGAUACGAUGGAGCGAACAGGUUCCACGGUGCUGGAGGCAAAGGAGUUCAUGGACGACGGCUCGCCCAUCGCCCUAAAGGUGACCAUCGACGCGGAGCAGGGAUCGGCUCUGUGCGAUUUCACCGGCUCGGGAGUGGAAGUGUGGGGCAACUGCAAUGCUCCGAGGGCAAUCACCUUGUCCGCCCUGAUCUACUGCCUGCGCUGCAUGGUGGGUCACGAUGUGCCCCUCAACCAGGGCUGCUUGGCACCCAUUCAGGUCAUCAUUCCCAAGAACUCCAUACUGGAUCCCUCUGAGGGAGCCGCCGUGGUUGGUGGCAAUGUCCAGACAUCGCAGCGCAUCGUGGACACGGUGCUGAAGGCUUUCGGUGUGUGUGCCGCCUCGCAGGGAUGCAUGAACAACAUCACCAUCGGGGACGAGACUUGGGGAUACUACGAGACCGUGGCAGGAGGAGCUGGAGCCGGCCCCGGCUGGCAUGGAGCCGGCGGAGUGCACACCCACAUGACGAACACCCGCAUCACUGAUCCGGAAAUCCUGGAGCUGCGCUAUCCCAUGAUCUUGAAGAGAUUCUGCCUGCGCACCGAUGGCUCCGGCGGACGAGGGCAGUUCAACGGAGGCGAGGGCGUGGAGCGGGAUCUGCUUUUCCGUAAACCCGUGACCCUGUCCGUCCUGACGGAGCGACGAACCCUUCAGCCUUACGGUCUCGCUGGCGGAGAAUCGGCCAAGAGUGGUCGCAAUUUGGUGGUCAAGCGGGAUGGUCGAGUGAUCGCUUUGGCAGGCAAGACCUGCAUUGAUGUGGAAGCUGGAGACACUUUUGCAAUGAAAACUCCGGGCGGUGGAGGAUUUGGACCAAUUGAAGAUUCUAAAUCUGAAGAAGGCUUGAACCAGGAAAACAUUAAGCGAUACGUGGAGCGCGGCACUGUAUUCAACUACCUACAGUCCCAGGAAUCUGCAUAAAAAGUGUAUUUUGUUUUUGUUCGUGUGCCAUAUUAAAUAAAGUUCUUUUAUGUUCUGUGUUUAGA